UUUGUUUGGAAAGAAGAAGGUCUUAGUUCGGGCACGAAGAUGACAUAUAUACAGUGAUCUCUGGAAGACGGUUACUCAAGUCUUGCUUCCAACAGAACGUGCCAGAGUCUCAACUUUGCAGAAUUAAAGAUUUUAUUAUUAGUUCAAUAUUUUAAAAGAAAGAUUACUCUAGACUCAACAAUGUAUAUCAUUCUAUCAGAGCUAUUUUUUGUACUGGCGUUCUGCUUUAUCAGGCUUGGACUGACAGUGGGUCACAACAACGAAGGGUCCGUUUUAGCUCAAGAGCGUUCUCAUAUACCUGUCUCUGCAGGCAACAGGGUGGAGCCUUAUGUCCACGCCCCUGAAACAUCUACUCUGCACAGUGCAUCUCAAAAUGCUCUCCUCGCUCAGGAUUCCAGUCACAAGGCUCAGCAGGAUAUCGUAGUGCUAGCUGCGUUGUCAGGACACAUUCCCAACAGUAAUGCUAACGGCAAUGCCUAUGGUAAACUGACCUUGCCGACAUUAAUCAACAUCCUGUCCGGAUCUUCCACUCCAGCCUAUGACCUGGAUCACUCACACAGGACCCCGACAGGGACACAAACGACGGACUCGAGUGAUGGCAGUACGCAGAAGACUGCCCCUGUGCUGUCCGGUGUGAUGUGUUACGACGAAGGUCCACUUGUUAUCCAAAAAAAUUUGCCUUGUGAGGAAAAAGGUUUGCCAAAAGGCAACCUUACAGGACAGACUCUGGCACAGCUACUGAGAAACGAAGGCGGAGGAUUCAUGGGGGAUCUAAUAUCCUUUGAGCCACCAGCACAUCUUAGAAACUUGGAUUUACAAACUUUGAAUAAGUCUUCUUGGUUGAAUCAAAACGCAACAGAUAUCCUUCUAAAAUUACAAGAGAUGCUUCACAUUCAAAAGCAGCAUCAGGCCCACACUAAACAAAACAUUCAAUUUUAUCUUUCCAAAGGUGACUUCUCCAACAUGCUCUUGUUGGCUCACUCUUUGAUCAAGUCUUUGGAACAAGUAUUCGUUCUAAAUAUCUGUACCGUAAGUGUUUCAGAACUCGGUGAAAUCAGCUCAGACAAUGAAAAGUUUUCUUCUUGUGUCAUUCUGGUGUCAGAAGUCGAUAAUCUGAAAUCUAUUCACGAAGACCUGUUGGGGGUCUUAACACAAGACUCUGAUAACGUUCCAAGCGUCCAGAUCGAGGUCAGUGUCAGCCGUGGACUAAAUGACGAUAACAACAGUCACUUAAGCGCUACGCUAAACGCCACCAAACAUCAGAAAAUAAACGAGCUUUUGCAGAAGUUAAAAGACUUGCAGGAAGAUACCAAACAUCUUGUGUUUUUACACAGCCGUCUGCUCAACGCUACCUUUAGCUUUCAGCAAGCGCUUAGAACUUUAGAGUCUGAUCUAUUUAAGAAAUUAAUGAAAUUAUCUUUAUUCAACAAUUCUGUUCAAAGUACCAGCGAAGAAGCAGACAGUAAGACUCUAGUAGGAAACUUGACCAUGAUUUCAAAUAGUUCCAUUAAUGAAAAUGCCCCGAUACUUGCAGAGUCUUUUACGAACAUUUCAUCAGUUGUGGAACUUUUAAAGGACCUGAAGUCUAAUGUAACAUAUUUAGCCAACUUAAUGUCGGAGGCCAAUGUGACAUUGCCAGAACCUAGUCCAUUGAUCGAUACUUGGGCUGCCUGGAAUUCUUUAAACCUAAGAGUGAAACGAAGUAUUACAGGUUUCGCUUUUACAGAGGAAGUAUGUCAGAGACAGGGCAGCCUGAUCAAUCAGACGAACUAUCUGAGUCUGUGUACCACGUGCGUGAAGACCACGGUACUGGACAGCAACUAUUUCCCUCGAUACCUGACAGAGAAAGUGUGUGACCGUGGUACCAGCAAUAACCCUCUCUACCAUUACGGCUGCCUCAACAUUCCUGAAGGACAAGAACCUGGCAGACCAGGUGGCCUCUGUCAACAACAACAAAUCCAUGUUAUUUUGUUGAGAAAAAUUCCUGGAAGAUGCAUGAAGAUAAGGAGUCAAGGUCAGGAAAUGAUCACGGACCAAUGGGAGAGCACGACACAUCCCCUACGUGUUGGCUGUGAAUGUGUCAUUAAUCAAAAUUCAGCGCUUGCCAGGAUGGCAGUGUUUCCUUAACACUUUUAAACUUCAAACACAAACAAGCACAUGAAAACAAUAUUAUGACAGAACAGUGAUGACAUAAAGAAAUAAGAAAUAUUCCGCCAUAUGAAUCUUUUUUGUUUGUAAAUCAAUUGGUAGUGCUAGAGCUAUGCACUCUUAAAGUAGAAAUGUUCAUGUGGUUAGCCUACUUGAUUAAGUUCUGGCUUCUUAUCAUGUAUC